GUGGGUGUUAGGUGAGAGAUGAAAUCGAACACCUUUUGGAUGAUAAUGAAGACAUGGCCCAAUUGUACUUAACUAGGAGGUUGAUUCAGAGUCAACAGUCUGAAGCAGCUAUGCUAUUGGGAACUGCUACUACCACUACAGCUUCAAAUGUCAUAACUCCCAUUGCUCCUAAUUUCAGAAGGCUAAGUUCCACCAGGAGUGGAAGUAUAGUUAGCAAUUCCUUAAAUGAUGAUGUGGAAGAUCUUGAGAUGAUGUUGGAGGCUUACUUCAUGCAGUUGGAAGGCACCCGCAAUAAGAUAUUAUCCGUUCGUGAAUACAUAGAUGACACAGAGGACUACGUCAACAUCCAGCUAGACAAUCAGCGGAAUGAACUGAUUCAGCUACAGCUGAUAUUGACCAUUGCAUCUUUUGCUAUUGCCGUGGAGACCCUUGUUGCGGGUUGGUUCGGCAUGAACAUCCCUUGUUCCCUGUACAAAAUCCAAGGGGUAUUUUGGCCAUUCGUGGGUGGUAUGACAGCAGCUUGUAUAGUUCUCUUCUUCGUCGUGUUAGGCUACGCCAGAUGGAAAAAGCUACUUGGCUCAUGAUUCAUUCCUUCACCUUCUACCCAAGCAAGAUUCUGUGGUUUUUUCAUGGGAAGUGUGUAUUUAUCCCCCCCAAUUAUUAUAUGAACAACUCUCAUGUUCCCUAUGUUGUUUUCUUUAAAUAAAAAUAGUUUCUGCAAAGUGAUUUCAUAUUUCUAUUAGACUUUGCACCCUAUUCUGCCAGUGUGUUCAAUAAAAUAAAACACAGGUUAUUGG